AUGGAAGCAGUUAAAGAUGUGACGGUGGACCUGGGUGCACUCCUGGACGCCGGGGACGACGCCGUGGUGAUACUCGAGGCAGGCGACACUCGGCUGGUGGCGCACAGGGCCGUCCUGGCGGACAGGAGCCCCGUUUUCGCGGCCAUGUUCGCGCACGACACCCUCGAGACGAGCACCGGCGUGGUGAGGAUUGCCGACGUGGAGGGCCCGGUGCUGAGGCAGCUGGUCUCCUACCUGUACACCCUACGGGCCCCCCAGCUGCCCGGCACGGCCCCCCAGCUGCUGGCCGCAGCGGAUAAGUACGGGGUGUCGGGGCUGAAGGCAGAGUGCGAGAGGCAGGUGGCCGCUCAGCUGACUGUCGAGACCGCGGCGGCCGCAGCCGUCCUCGCAGUCCGCCACUCCUGCAGUGACCUCAGGCACGCUGCACUGGCGUUCAUUAAGACCUGUCCGUUCGAGGUGAUGGCCACUCAGGGGUGGGCAGAUGCGAUGCUUCAUCAACCAAAAGACUUGAUCGAAGUGAGCCGGUUGCUGUAUGAUCCACCACCAAAAAGCAGCCCACCAGCCGCUGCACAGCUGAGGAGCCUCUCUGCAGAGGAGAGGGCCAGGAGGCUGGUCAAGGCGGCUGAGUGGGGGGCAGUGGGGCAGCUGAGGGCGCUGAUCGCCGCAGGGGCCGACGUGGGGGCGAGGGACGGGGGUGGGUGGACCGCCCUGCACAAGGCAGCAGUCAGGGGAGAGGUCGAGGCGGUGAGGCUGCUGGUGGGGGCGGGUGCGGCGGUGGCCGCCAGGAGUACCGGUGGGUGGACGCCGCUGCAUUACGCGGCAGCCAAUGGCCACGCAGAAGUGGCGGCUGCGCUGCUGGACGCGGGGGCCGACAGGGGGGCCACAACUGCUCUUGGGCAGACAGCGCUGGACAUCGCCUGGCAGUACAACCAGAGGCGGCUGGUGGAGAUGCUGUAA